AUGUCGCAACAACCGAACAAGCCCCUUGUACGAUCUUCAAUGUCUCCGGCGGAUAUACAAGACCGAUCCUCGGGAACUGCACCGUCUUUGCUCCGAUCCGAUGGGGGCUCAUUUCGCCAGACCCCGCCCCGACAGAACGACGACCGAGCAAGCGGGGAGUUGGAAGGUACUACACUGGGCAGCGGUUCCCGUGAUGGAGAUCGAAGAACACCGGGCCAGCGGAGGACCCAAAGCUCAAGUGGCUUCUUGCUCGACUCGUUACCUCGCCAGCGAAGCACCAAAGUUAGCCUGCACCGCCCUGUCCCGUCAGAACCUCCCCAGCCGAAGCGCAGCGUUCCCGAACCGGAUAUCGUGGUCCCCAAGAAACGCUCUAGAUUUCCAUGGAGCCGGCAUAAGCACCGUGAAUCCGAAGCGAUGCCAGAGGAUGCGGGUUCAGUUCCGAUCGGUGCUCCGCAGGCUCCUACGCCUCCUGGUAGACAGCCCUCCGGAAGCUCCUCACAGCCCGAGGUACAAGAAGACAAUGUGACACAUUCAACUCCUGGGCUCGAUAGGGAUUCGAUCCAGAUCGUCAACCUAGCCUUGAACCUUAAUGAAUCUCGGAGAAGGACAGCUUCUGGAAUACCCCCAGGCUCCGAGAGCCGAAGACCAAUAUCUGUCUCGCAACCUGCUGUUCCCACAGUAGACGACUAUGCGUAUUCCCCACGAGCGAGGAACUUCCAGCGCGAUUCGCCGUAUCGCAAUUUUACUCAAGUCUCCGGUAAUCGUUUGUCACAGGGGACACUGCCGAGCUUAGAGCGAUCAUCUGUUGUGGAUUUGUUGCCUCGAUCCGCGAUUGAGGAUCACAGGGCCUAUGAAUUCUCCGAAAGCACUUUGGCUCGUGCUGAGAGAGCACGCACUCAUUUUGAUUUAUUUCAUGAAUAUAUGCGCCUCCUGCCUUCAUUGCCACCUCUUCGAGAUGCAGUCAAGGGUGACGCUGAGUUUACACCACGGAAACCCUACCGUGGCUAUAACCCGCUUCAAAUGAUUCGCAACCGGAAAGUCAGAUAUCGUGAGAAAUGCACCAUCGAUCUAGCCGCAGAAGGAUGGCAUGACGUUGAAAGAGUCCACCAAUGGAUCAAUGAGGUCGAGCAAAAAUACAGCCAAAGAGAGUACGACCCGCUAGAUUGCUUAAAGCUGCCACCUUUCCAACAAGGUCGUCGCCAUGUAUCUGUGGGGGAACAUGAAGAUAUAGAUAUGAUGCCUACCUCUCCGGGAUCAAGCUUGCGGCGAGUCAGCCGAACCAGCAGCAUGAAGGCCCGUCGACCACGUCUUGAUUGGAAGACCUCGCCAGCAGAGCUUCUGGCCGAUGCCGCCUGGCUGGAAUAUGGUGUCAACAAGACGAAGGUAGUCGACAAGGAUGGCUUUAAACUCUACCCCGAUUCUACCAAACUAGUUAGCAUGGACACAAGCGACAACUUUGGGACGCCUCAUAAGCAACAGCGCCUUCCGGUUGAAGUGGCAGAUCCUAGGGAGGCACGUUCGUCACCGCACACUUCUGUGUCCAGCUCUCACCCUGCAUUGGCGCAAGAAUUUAAGAGUGUUCGCCGCGGGCGGCACAAGCACAAAUUUCGAAGUCAUUCACACAGCUUACGCAGUCGUAGUGCUUCCAGCAAACGAAAGCCGUCACGAUGGGAUCAUGUCAAAAUGCGUUCGGGCAGCGUCUCGAGCUCUUCAAGCUCAGAUACCCGCCCUUCCGUCGAUGAAAAGCCUCGCAUGUCUCGUGAGAAUAUCCGCGACCAUGUUCAACGAUUCGUGGAACACGCACACUCCGGAUCUCGGACAUCCCGCGCCAAAUCUCCGGCUGUUCGUAACGAUGAAUAUGGUCGGGGAAGGACACCACAACCAACCGAGCCGUUAUCGGUCAACACGAAGCAAUCCCGCAAGCACAGAAAAGGUUCUUUCUCGUCGGCAGGCAGUCUUGAUGACCGGCACGAUCCCCGUAUGUCCCUGGAAGGCAUGGAUAGCACUGCGCCUAACUCUCCCACUCGCGUUGGCUACUUCCCGAGUAUAGCAGUAAACCUGUCACCCCCAUCAAGUCGGUCUCCCUCGCCCGCAAAGAAGGGUCUCCGUCAUAAAAUUGUUUCACGCCACGAGCGCAGCAAGAGCAAACACGCAGAGCGAGAGCGUGAAGAUGAAUUGCCGGAACCUGAUACUUUGCGUCAGCGAAAUCUGACGGCGCCUGCACAGACGGAGGGUGCGUCCAAGCUCGAGCCGAGUCCUCUUCCUGACGUUGUAUCGUCAUCCUAUAAUGAUGAUCAAGGCACGCAGGAAGGCAAUCGGGUAGAUGGACAUCGGUCCCGUAAAGGGCCCCAUCUUCCCGAAUCAAAGCUACGAGGAAUAUUUAAGGGACCAGGUCGCAUAGCAGAAAUCGUGGGCAAUGAGGUCUCUAAGGUCGGAGAUCUCAUCCUGAAGAAAGACGCAGAUCCUGAAUCUCGGAAAUCAUCGUCCGCCACAACUUUUGCAUCAGAUGAUAGCGAUUCUGAUGAAGAAUCUAGAGGCGACAAAAAGUCUGGCUCCAAAGGCCUUCUGCGGCGCCUGCCAACAUUUACGGAUGAGCCUGGGCGACUGACUCGCAGAAAUUCCGAGAAGAACUCAUCCCGGAACUUCAUUCCCUCUCUGCCGACCUUCACAUCACCCCUGCGGCAAGACGAACGAAGUGAAGCAGCAGAGAUGACUGAUUUCAGCAGUCCUCGCGAACGAGUUUCCUCUCCAAGAAAUUAUGGUUCUCGUGAUUCUCCCAAGAAGUUCUCGCUGCCACGCGCCAAAACGCUUGAUUUCAGCCCUUCUAUGUACACGGGACGGACAAAGCACCACGAGAUUAAAGACCCUUCCGUCCCUUUCAGCUUAACACGGCCUCCUGUCACUGGGCUCGCCAACGCUCGAGCAUCACCAGGGCUUUCCCCGGAGGGAAGACGCACAGGUCUUUCAGGUGCCAGUCGCGCCUGGAGUAUAUCUGGGCGCAGUAUCCACACCUUGAUUGACACUGGCGUACCUGGUAAGCCCGAAGUAGAGCGCACACGGGCUCUUCUAUUGUCAUCGGGGAUUAAAGCGCGAGAGAUUACUCGCCGAGCCCACCCUCCCCGUGAACAAGCUCCUAACUGGCUUCAAAACUCCUUGGGCCCUGGUGCAUCUGUUCCACGAGUGACGCGGGCCAGCGAGUUCGACCUCGCUGCUCAAUGCCUCCUCCAGCGUUUCGAGCACACCCAACAAUCGUUCCAACAAUCCAUGCAUCAAUUCUCCACCUCCACCUCAUUGCCUCUCCGAUCCCAGCUGAGGAACCUGGAAAACCUAAUCAACAAUUCUCUGGCUCCUCGCGUCCGAGCCACGGCAAAUGACGCCGAGGAUUUAUGUGUCCAGCUCAACACCACCAGCACACUUGCUGUUAAGCAAUUGAGUGAUGCCCUUGACAAAGGCCUUCGUAAGCGUCGCCGUCGAUUGCGGUGGAUCCGUCGCACUGGGUUCAUGGUUUUGGAAUGGGCCUUGGUUGCUAUGCUGUGGUGGGUGUGGCUUAUUGUCAUGGGUUUCAAGCUUGUGCGUGGUGUCUUCCGGGGUGCUUUCACUGGUAUCCGAUGGGUCUUGUGGCUUUGA